CUGUACCCUGUGGUCACUGGAGGAGUUCCUGAGACGACUGACCUCCUGACCCAGAGGUUUGAUCACAUCCUCUACACUGGCAACACUGCAGUGGGCAAAAUUGUGAUGGCAGCAGCUGCCAAGCACCUGACUCCUGUCACCCUGGAGCUGCUGGGGGGGAAGAUCCCCUGCUACAUCGACAAGGACUGUGACCUGGCUGUCGCCUGCAGGAGGAUAACGUGGGGCAAGUACAUGAACUGUGGGCAAACCUGCAUUGCCCCAGACUACAUCCUCUGCGACCCAUCCAUCCAGAGCAAGGUGGUGGAGAACAUCAAGGCCACUCUGCUGGAAUUCUAUGGGGAAAAUGUGAAGUCAUCUCCUGAUUAUGAAAGGAUCAUCAACAAGCGUCACUUCAAGAGGAUCGUGAGCUUGCUGGAAGGGCAGAAGAUUGCUCAUGGAGGAGAGACAGACGAGGCCUCCUGCUUCAUAGCACCAACCAUCCUCACUGAUGUUUCUCCGGAGUCAAAGGUGAUGGAGGAGGAAAUCUUUGGACCUGUCCUCCCCAUUGUGGCUGUGAAGAGUGUAGAUGAAGCCAUUCACACCAACCGGCAGAAGCCCCUUGCCCUGUAUGUCUUCUCCAACAACAAGCAGUUAAUCAAAAGAGUCAUCUCAGAAACCUCCAGUGGGGGUGUGACUGGAAACGAUGUCAUUAUGCAUUUCUUCCUCUCAUCUUUGCCCUUUGGUGGUGUUGGUCACAGUGGGAUGGGAGCCUACCACGGCAAGCACAGCUUCGAGACCUUCUCGCACCGCCGCGCCUGCUUGAUCAAGGACCUGAAGAUGGAGGGUACGAACAAAAUGAGGUACCCACCUGGCAGCCAGAAGAAGUUGGAUUGGGCCAAGUUCUUCCUCUUGAAGCGAUUUAACAAGGGCCAAAUUGGACUGGUCAUCUUGGCCCUGCUGGGGAUUGUGGCAGCAGUGAUGAUGAAGAACCACCAGAGUGUGCUGAAGAGAAAAGCCCUCUUGCUUGUGCUGGCUGUGCAGAGGCUGGGCUGGCCCAGCGGGUGGUAAGGAGCAGCAGCUUUCAGAGCACUGCUGUGGCUGUCGCAGCGAGGUGAUUUACUGAUGAAGAGAGGAGGCAGCACCACGUGCAAGUCGUACUCUGGGUGCUCACUUUGUGGCUGUUUCCUUUAGCUGGGAAGUCAUUCUUUUCUUCUGCAUUGGGUGAUUUCAGUGAGCUGUCAAGCACACAGAGUAGCCUUAAAGAAGCACUAACCACGAGAAGGCUCAGACUUGUGUUUACUAGAAUGCCAUGCUGGAACAGAGGGACCAGAGGGGACAUGCUCUCCAAAAGAGGACUGCAGAGCAAGAAAUUCCAGUCCCUA